GAAUGAGACACAGUGUCAUUGUGUGCACUGAUGUCACUGAUGUCAUUUUAGUGUAAUAACAACAACAACAGUUCCAAUGAAAAUAUUAUCAGGUCUCGUAUCAAUCCUCACAAUUUCUAACAUCAGAUUGACUGUUGCUAAAGAAAUGUCAACAACAGCGGCACUAACAGAUAAUGGUAUAAUGGAACAAGUAAGGGAAAUCGUACCAAAACUAUCUAAUGAUAGACACAAGGGGCAAGCUGGACGAAUAGGAAUUGUAGGUGGUUCAAAGGAAUAUACAGGGGCCACAUAUUUCUCUGCAAUAUCUGCACUGAAAGUCGGUGCAGAUUUGGUCCAUGUAUUUUGCACAAAAGCUGCAGCUCCGGUCAUUAAAAGCUACAGUCCAGAACCGAUUGUUCAUCCGCUAUUAGAUUCAGAGAAUGCUGUCAAAGAAAUUGAACCGUGGCUAGACCGGCUACAUGUCAUAUUAAUUGGUCCUGGCUUGGGACGGGAACCUGAAACUUUGGCAACGGUUGCUGAGUUGGUCAAACUCUGUAGGCGAUUGAACAAACCUUUAGUGUUCGAUGCCGACGGACUGUGGUUGAUUAGUCAAGAUAAAAGUUUAAUUCGCGAUUAUCCCAGAGCAAUACUGACACCGAAUGUUGCCGAAUUCACGAGACUAUUCGGUGAUGAAGUUGAUGCAAAGAUGAAGGACCUGGGUAGAGAUAUCACGAUCGUUGAGAAAGGUUUCAAAGAUCGCAUUUACAAUUCGACAAAUGGUGCCGUUCCAUAUGAAUGUCCGUCAGGUGGAUCGGGUAGACGUUGUGGAGGCCAAGGUGAUUUGAUGUCUGGUGCUGUUGCAACCUUUUACCAUUGGUCACUGGACGCGAAACAUUCGAACGCAGCAUUCCUGGCCAGUUAUGGUGGAGGUUUUCUAACCAAAAAGUGUAACGAGUAUGCGUUCGCCUUAAAAGGUCGCAGUAUGACAACGUCUGAUAUGAUUGAACAAAUACACAGAGUUUUUGAUGAGUUUUUUGAGAAUAAAGACUGAUAACGAGAA